CGUUCAUCUCACAUGGAAUUGAUCGCCAUACGUAGAUAACCUCUAGCUCUGGGGCUUAGGUGUACGGAGUACCUCGUAAAUCUAACACUGGGUGCUAAAUCCCAUCAUCAAGAGAGCGAGAGAACGAGCUAGGAAUGAAGAGAGGGAUUUAAGCCCGACAAGCUAAACAAACGCUUGGACGCCAGAGUUUGUUCUUUCUCAUUGUGAUUGAAAGGACCCCUGCCGCCCGGGCAGGAGGCCAUUACCCGAUCUCGAGCAUCGAUGCGGCCUGUUCAAUAUUACCUGACAUACACAUGCAGACCGACCCUAUAAAGUCGACCCCGAGAAUUUCCCACACAGAACCGUUUGUUUCCUCGAUAAUCACCGUUUCACCCUACUUUUGGCGCACCGGAUAACCGGGCCAGGCCACAAUGGCGGACACCCUAGACUCCAUAGUCAAGGGGGCGCCGCUCCCCGGCCGGGAGUCGGCGGGCAAGAGUGCUUCCGGGACCAGUCCCAUCUCGUCGUCGACUACAUCCAAGGCCGGCGAUCCGCUCUCGCACACCCCAAGCUCACCAUCGAUGAUCUACCUCAACCUUCUGGUCCUCGAAGCCUCUCUCAGGGCCCAAUAUCUCGAGCUCCGAGCACGACGACGUCACCACAGCUUCUUCUUGACGCUGCUUACAUUGUGGACCUGCGGCUUCGGAUAUGCCCUGUUCUUUGCACCUCGCGAAGAUGGUCGUGGUGUAGGUGGCUCGGUAUAUUGGAUGGUUGACAUGGCGGAGAGAGUAUGUUUUACCGGAGGCUUGAUAACGGUAUGCCUUGUCUGGGCUACGGGCAUUUGGGAUCGUGGCGUGCGCUGGCCGCGCCGCUGGUUCGCCAUCUCCAACCGCGGACUGCGCGGCUUCAACUGCAAGAUUGUGAUUCAGAAGCAGCCGUGGUGGGCCGAGACACUCGCCACCACUGGCUGGUUUUUGACAUAUGGCCUGUUCUCUAACACGGGAUCGUCAUACCGCUACGUCGACCCGCAGGUAUUGCGUGAAGUAGAUGCUCAGCUGAAUUUGUCGGCCCAGGGACACCCGGCACUACCGGUCGUGAGCGAAGACGAGGAGAGGGGUGCACACGAGGAGGAUCUUGCUCCAGGUGGCGAUUAUCUAAAGCUGCUGCUGUUUGCAAAGCCCUUCUCGCCCACUUUCCGUGAGAAUUGGGAACUUUUCCGGACCGAGUAUUGGGAACGAGAGAACGAGCGCCGAGCGCUGAUACGCGUCAAGGUCAAGGAGCACGACAAGAAGCUGAGGAUGCAGCGCGGUGGCUGGUUGUGGUGGCUUCCUCGAUACAAGGUCAGGCCUGAACAGCAGCUCGCGGCGGCACAGCAACUACAACAGCACACCGCCGAGAAGCCCCACGGCCAUAGCCGCCAUGCCUCGACACACCUCAGCGUCGAGCGGGAACACCGUCGCACGCGCAGCAGCAGUGUGAGACGAGGAAGCUUCUCCUCAAACGCAACCUCGAGGAGCGCCACGCCAACCAUUGAAGUGGACGAAGCAUGCGGGGUGACGCGACGGGCCAGCACGGCAUCCAAUGCGUCCGACAAGCGCCGUAAGAAGCUGUCGGCCGCUGCGGCAGGCCCGAGAUCGCAGAAGCGGACUACGGAAUCGAGAUCCGUCACUCCGGAAGUGACAUCACCCCUUGCAAAGAAAGCGACGAGCGCGAGCGAUGCGAUGGAGAAUGAUGGGAACAGCGGUGCCGACGCUGUGUCUGGCGAAGACCAAACGGAGAGACGAACAAGGAAGAAGUCGCUUUCCAGAUCCCCGGCUCCUUCAGUAUCGUCGAUGGAGUGAGUAUAGUGAUCGCAUCGAAAUAUCAAUGGCAUAGCAGAAGUAUAGAGUAGUGAGAUCAUGCGCUGAUUAUUAUCAAUUUGUGCGACUUUAAAGUUCCCUUGCCAUGUGACACUAUUGGGACUAACUACACUUAGCUUUAGUUAGGGAAGUAUUCAGGAGCCAGAACCUAGGUCGGUACUCUUCGUUGAGCCGUUGACGACUCAUUGCAAGGCAGGUGGCCAAACCAGGUAUCCAGGUAUUAUGCGAGGCCUGAUUCUCUAUCCACAUAGAAAAUAACAUAAUCAACGUACCCUUUUUUAAUAUAUAUUCGAUUAACGAGCUCCAUAUCCCUACCUACCUAGGUACCUAGACAAGG